AUGCAAAUCAGCAACUUACGUUCAUGCUUCAGCCCUCGGAGCUUUGCCAAAGCUUGCAGUGACGAAGAUGAGGCACGGAGAAGCAGUGAAGAUGUUGCUGUCGACACCCUGAACCUCCUGGUGUCUUUGCCCAGUGGACAAUGUGAAGUUGUGCCAGUACCGCUGGGCAGCACCGUUGGUGAUUUGAAAAUCGCAGCGCAACGGUCCUUUGGGAGAUCUUUCUUGAGUUUUGCCGCCCCAGACGGACGCCUUUUGGAUCCAACAGAACCUCUUCCACUUGCACUGCCAAAUGGUGACAGCAUUACUGCAGUUGCACAGAGGGCAAGCAUAGCCGCCACGGGCAGUAGUGCCUUCGCUGCGAUCUUGGCAGGUGGAAUGGUCCUGACAUGGGGCAAUCCGAUGAGAGGUGGUGACAGUUCUGAGGUCCAGCAUCGGCUCAGGAACGUUCAGAAGAUUUCGGCCACAAGGGCCGCUUUUGCUGCGCUCUUGGCAGAUGAAACCGUCGUGACAUGGGGGGAUUCAGCCGCUGGUGGCUUGGAUCGGCUCAAGAUGGUUCAGCAAAUCAGUUCCACUGAGCGUGCUUUUGCGGCGAUCUUGGCAGAUGGACAGGUGCUGACAUGGGGUGAUCCGCGGACCGGUGGUUCAGCCCCCGGGCCGUUUUCCACCAAACUGGGCAUCAAAACGGGUCCAGACGAGGGGCAGGUAAAGAAGUGGCCGUCCCUGUUCUCAGGCCGCACCUUGCGCUCAAGCAACUCAACACUGGCCUCUGAGGCAUCAGCACUGCAGAAGACCGAGUCGACGAAGAGCAUUCCCACAUCCCAAGCCCUGACCCAGAAGCCUUGUGGCUGGCGGCUGCAAUUCGACGCCCUUGGCUUCCUUGACCUACGCCUGUCAGGUGGCAUCCUCGCCCCGCAGCAUUGGCUCGCGCUCCGCGUGGCGGAGCUACACGCCCGAGGUGCGCUCAUGCCCCAAGAGGGUGAGCCGCUUUCCUUCAUGCUCCUGUGCGACGUGGUCUGCCACAACGCCAAGGCAGCGCAGCUCGAGCCCGUGGUGGAACAGUUCGAGCUCACCGUGGAUGUGGAACGGAGGCACAAGGAGUUCUCCUGUUGCGCGGCCACGGCGCGAAUCAACGUGAACAUCGACACUGUGUUGGUGAACUUCUUCCGCUCGGUGCGGCGAGGACUGGAAGAGGUGCGAGAGGGACCCCUGCAGCCAGCACGCCGCUUCCAGUUCCACAACGGGGCCGGGGUGAAGAUCACUGUGAAGUGGCGACAGCUCCGGACACGAUCGUCCGUGGACCUUGAGCCGGGUGAGAGCAGCGGCAGCUACCCCCUUCGUUCAGCAGAGAAGUUCGCGGACGUGAGGUUCUGGUUGCAGGACAUCGACGCGGAGGAGUACGUGACCAUCGACCUGGAUCACGCCAUGGCGAGAGCGUAUCAGAUGAGGGAAGGCUGCCCUAUCUUCGUCGAGCCAGAUCAUGACCUCAAAGAGGGCACAUGCACGCUGAAUAUCAAAAGCGCCCUGACAAUCUACAACGACACGGCCAUGCCCCUCCGCAUUUCGUUAGGGCCGCCAGCUUUCCAGCGGUGGAGGCACCAGGUUGGCGAUCUCUUGCGAUCGGGCACCCGUGGUCUCGUGAGUUUCUCGCAGACCUUGCCGCCGCUGGCAGACGAAAAGGUGGCCGAGGACAUCGAUGAUAGCACUGAGGUGGGUCCUGGCGUCCAGCGCGUGAAGGCCGAGCUGAGAGGAAGCACCCUGGACCUUCCGGCAUACAGCUCUGCCGAGGUUCCCGUCAGCUGGUUCCUCUUCGCCCGCACCUCCAAGCCCAUGGUGCGACUGCAGCCGCUGGGCGUUGGCUUCGCCGAGGGGCGGUUCUUCCCACAGCUGUCCUCUCUCCUGGAAGAAGUCGCUGUGGCGGAAGAAGAGGACUAUGACGACGAGGACUUGGCAGCUACAGGUGCGGCAAACUUGGGCCGGUGGAGGAGUCCGGAGGACCAGAAGAUGGGUGACAGAACGAAGUUCAGCCUCUUCCUGCGCACCUACAUGAAGCUUGCGGGCUACAUCGAUGCCGAGGACAUGCCGCUGUCACUGGACGACGAAGAUGUACAACAAGUGCAGCGUUUCAAGAUGCACCUGGGCAACAUGUUCGCCAUCCGCAACAUGCUUCCAUUUCCGGUCGUGCUGCAACUCGCUGCACCUGAGGGCAAGCUCAACGACACCCCAGCGCCCAGUGCAAGGUCACUCCAUGAGGUGCUCUAUGGCAGCAGCUCACAUCACAGCGGCUCGAUCCUUGAGCAAAGUGACAAGGAGGAUCCGGCAGCUGCAUGCUUCGCCCAGGCAGAGAAUGGAUCGCUGGUUAAGCACACCCAGCUCGAAGGCAUCAGUGAGCUCACAUCGAGCACGAAGGACGGCGCUUCUUCCCAUGGCAUCGCCACUUAUGCGCUCGGCGUGGACCAGGAGGUGGCCCUGCCCUUCGCGAAGCGCCUCUUGCGCCUUCGCUGCUUCUCGCUCUGCGAGGAGCUCCAGAACUCGGAGGUCGGCGAGGGUGGUGGAGGAGAGGAGGACGUUGAGGAGUUUCUGAAGUCCGAACACACCAUCAAGGCCGAGGAGCUGGCCGGAACCAUCGCCAGCGCCACCUGCUUGCUCAAGCUGCCCGCCAUCAGCGCGAAUCGGCCGCACUACCAGUAUUUGAGUUUGGACUGUCCGGGUGGACAGUCAAUGCAGGUGACGCUGGAGCUGACACGGGAUAGCUGCGUCCUUUUUGUGCCGUACAUCUUUGAGAACCUCACGCCCCUAACGCUGCGACUCCAACGAGACGCGUCUUCCUCGCUGGCCCCUGGCUGCCGUCGAGUACUGCCUGUAGAUCCGCUCCACCCGGACUCGGCUUUCUUCUCAUUGGCCACCAAGGAGGCCGACCGAGGUGCUCAAAGCCCUGGAAGGUCCUCCCCUUGCAAGAGGGCCAGCCUGCGGAAGCAAAGCAGCUCGGGCUUGUCGCCGAGUGGCAACUCUCGAUCCAGCUUGCAGUCCCUCUGCUACGAGGUUCCCGGGCUAGCCGAUGUGGGACGCGAGCACCGGUACUAUGCUGUUGAUCGUCGGCAGCAAACGCGGCGAGACUACCAUCAGGAGGCAACCCCCUCGCAUCGGCGUCACGCCACCGAAGGGAAUCCGGCCAUCCCACUUGAUGAGCUUCUCGCGAGCGCGACCUCCGAGGGAAGUCCGGCCCUGCGCGACCACCACCGCAUUCCCGUCCUCAGAGGGCUGGUCGUCGACAGCCUGUCCUUCGGCACAUGCGUCAGGACUGCAGAAGCACCCCUGCGGCGGACGAAGGUGCUGUGCCUCUUCCCGCGCUACUUCGUUAAGUCUGAGUUGGAGCAUGCCAUCCAGCUCGGCUUUGAGGGCAGUCCAGCCGAGGUGGAAAUCCGCCUGGAGCCAGGCGAAUGCGUUCCUGUGCAUCCACCUCAAAGCCUCGACCGCAGCGACCGGCUGUACUUCCGACACGAUGGGCUCACCUCCGAACCCUUCUCCUUCCAAGGCUUGGACGGCGUGGAACACUGCCGCACAUUCCACGUGUACCGGGACCGCAGUGGGGACUCGGGCCAGGGCCGCUUCGAGCCGGCCUUCGUGCAGGUCGACAUUCAGAAGACCACCUUCCCAGCAAAGAACCAUGUGCCCUUGGCAGAGGGCUACUUCCUGGUGCUGCGCCCCCGCGACUUCCGAUGCGCUGAGGACCUUCUCUUCCACUUCGACAACCAGACUCCCUACAGCUUCUUCGCAACAAUCUCAGGCGGCAGCACCCAGCAGCGCUCCGCGAAGCUGCUCAUCCUUGAAGGUGGCAUGCACGUCUGGCAGCACCUCUUUGGCUUCCAGGACGCUGAUGAGUGCUUGAAGGUUCAGGUCAAGCUGAUCCGCGACAACGCGGCGCUUCGCGAGCACCGGCCACGGCUCAGCCGAGGCUUGGUCAGCUUGAGCCUGGGUGAUGCCCUGACCUCGCGGUCCUCCUCCGUGCCCUUCGCCCUCGAGGCCUCUCUCAGGCUUACAGCGGCCUAUCUGGAGCGGGCGCCGAGCACGGCCGAGGAGCCGGCAGACCUGGUGGCCGCAGAGACGCUGGCAGGUUCCUCCUACUGCAUGGCUCGGUGGCAUCGGCGCCUGCGCGUCCAGGGCGAGUUCGUGAUCAGCUGCUGGCGAACUCAAGCUUUCGUGCCGCACAAGGCAAGGGUGGAGCUCAUCUUGGAGGACCUGAACAGGCAGAAGAAGGCGGCAGACCCGGAGGUCUUCGUGGCGGCGGUCCUUUCCGUAGAAGCUUGCGAAGGGGAGGAAGAUGCCGAGAAGGGAAUGGAACGGGUGUCGCUGGCGUUCGGAGACAAAUGGCAGGUGUGCUUCGUUUCUGGUGAUCGGCUCCGCUCAGGCAUGUUUCAAGGUUCGCCUGCCUGGCGCCAGCAACUUCUCGAGGCUUCCGCGCGCAACGAGGUGGUGGAGCUGCAAACGCACCUCGAGCUUCGCUUCUCCACCACGGAGGGAGGAGCCCACAACUUCACUGUGAAGCCAGCGCCGGGAUGGUCUGGCCCGGCCGUGCGAGACGAGACCGAGGGUGGAAAAGAGAAGUCCAGCUGGACCUUGUCGAUCAAUGUGCCGGUGCUGUCCGUGAGCUGGAUCCACCGCCACGAAGAGGUCCUGGCCGUGCGGGUGAAAGGCAUCAGGCUCGAGGUCGGGCAGCACGCGACGGACCGCAGCUUUGACAUUGGCAUGCAGCAUUUGCAGGUCGAUCACUUCAUCGACGGGGGGGAGCUGCCGGUGGUCCUGAACCGUCGGUUCCUUCACAUCAACAGCAGAUGGCUGCGGGAGAAGGCGGUACAGCUCUCGGCGAAAUGGAUCGCCGACAGCCACAUCAUCAAAAAGCUAUCGGUGAGUCUCGUCCCGUACUGGCUCAACCUUGAGUUGGGGGUGCUGAUUCGGCUGCUCGAUCUGGCCGAGAGCUCCCUGGGCGUCAACGAGGCCUCGCCGGAUGAAGGAGCCCGCGUCCCCCUGGCUCCGCCCUCGCAGCCCUCCUCGCUGGCAGACGCCAAGCAUAUGGAGGUGUGGCGCCUCGAAACCUUGGUGGUUCAGCCCCUCCGGCUCACCAUCAUGGUCCGCUCGCCUGACACCGCUGCCGCGCGGGACCACACCAUGGCUCGGCGGAUCCGCUUCCUGCCGGUGGACAUGCCGAAUAUGGACCUAAAGGUCGAUCAGACCACCCUCACAAACCAGUUUGGAUCCAUGCAACAGCUCCUGGGGACUCUGGGAAACCAGUACAAGCGAAAGGCUCGCAACUCCGCGCUCCUCUCCGUGACGCUCUCCUACAUGGCCGCCAUUCUGAAGGGCAGCAUGAACGCACUUUGGUGGCUUGCACGGGGCCCCUACGAUGCCGUGGAUGCUGCGAGGCCCAACGCGGAGGAGCAGGGACCAUGGUUCUACUGGGUGGAGCCCUUGGUCCAAGGAGUGGCAGAGGGCACCUACCGUGCCUUCGCCGAGUUGGUAGGUAACAGCCUCUUUGGCAUCGUGCUGGUGCUGAAUAGCAUCCGCCAGUUGAUCCUUGGCGUUCCGCGGCCUCGCGCGCAGAGCUUUCUGGAUGGCAUCCUACAGGGCUUCGCAGGGCUUGUCGUCGACACCUUCUUGACCCCUGCCCGCCAGAUGGUCUUGCAGACGCAGGUCGCCUACCACGACUGGGGCGUCCUUCGUGCCUCCUUGGUCUUUGCGCUCUGCCUUCUCAGGAUAGGCUUCAUGCCAUAUGACACCAUACGGCCUUUUGAUUAA